AUGAAAGGCUUCAUCACUUUCAUCUUCCUUUUUCCAUUUUCUCUCUGCGCAUAUUGCCCCAAUAAUUCCACAAUCUCACCACCAGUAUCACCGCCUUUACAUUUACCCCCCAUACCAAAAUUCCUAGACCACAGGCUAAGAGAAAUCUACCCCAUUAUCCAAACCUUCAAGAACUUAAUCACAUCAGAUCCCUUAAAUGUCACAAGCACUUGGGUUGGAUCAGAUAUAUGCAACUACACAGGCUUCUACUGCGGUCACCCACCUGACAAUAAAUCUGCCACAGCCCUUGCUUCCAUCGAUUUCAAUGGCUUCGGCCUCGUAGCCCCAACUCUCGAUGGCUUCAUCAAUCAACUUCCCGAUGUUGCCAUCUUCCAUGCCAAUUCUAAUAAUUUUUCUGGCACUAUACCUCCAGAACUUGCAACUCUCCCAUUUUUAUAUGAACUUGACUUAAGUAACAACAACUUUUCAGGAAGUUUCCCUCUGCGAAUUCUCCACAUGAAGCAACUGUCAUUUUUAGAUAUUCGAUAUAAUUUCUUCUCAGGGUCUGUUCCGCCGCAACUUUUCUCGAAAAACCUUGAUGUUCUCUUUCUUAACAACAAUAAAUUCUCACUAAAACUCCCAGAAAAUCUUGGUUCAACGCCAGCCCUUUAUCUCAGCUUGGCUAACAAUGAAUUCUCUGGCUCAAUCCCAAGCAGUAUCGGCAAAGCUUCUUCCACUUUAACUGAAGUUUUGUUGUUGAAUAACUGGCUCACCGGCUGUCUUCCAUAUGAACUUGGGUUUCUGAAAGAUCUUAAGGUUUUUGACGCUAGUGACAAUCAUUUGACCGGUCCAUUGCCGCGCUCGCUGGGGUGCCUGGGGAAGCUGGAGCUGUUGAACCUCGCCGGGAAUCUGCUUUACGGGAAGGUGCCGGAAGUGCUGUGUGCUCUAGGUAAUCUGGUGAAAUUAACACUUUCAAAUAAUUAUUUUACAGAAGUUGGGAGACUGUGUGGGAAGCUGAUCGAGAGUGGGGUUCUUGACUUGAGAAGAAACUGUAUUCGUGAGCUUCCUGAUCAGAGAUCAUGGGCGGACUGUAUAAUGUUUUUCUCAGAACCAAGGUCGUGCCCCCGGCCGUCGACGUUCGAUAUAAUUCCUUGCAAUGUGACGCCGACAAGCAAUCAUACUCCGGCGAGACCCAAGAGAAUUUCAUUAGCUUACACAGCUCUUGUUAAACAUAGAUUUUUAUGA